CCCCCGUGGGCUGUUGGAGGGGGGAGAAGCGGCCAUGACCCCGAUGCAGAGCCCCAGGAGGGAUUUGGUGCUAACAGGACAGAUGGAGGCCGAGGGCCCCAAAGCAGGAUAAAAGGUUUAAACUAAUCAAAAUGCCUGGCUAAUUGGUAAAGGCGCUUAUGGGCAGGGCGGGAGGCGGCGCGGCUGGAGGUGACCGCUGCUCAAUCAGAGGGGCCGGUAACCUUAACCCGCCGGGAACGGAUACGCCGGAUCGGGUUCCCACACCAGUUUUCCACCCGCGGCUCCGUGGCAGGAGAACCGAGGCCGCGGGGACGGACGGUGGCCGGGGGGCUGCCGCGGUGGCCGGUUCCGGCAGCCCCGGUGCUCGCCGCAGUCUGGCCAGGCUUUCUAACCCUAUAGCGGCCCAUUAACCGGCACCGGGGCAGCGCAGCCGUCCCCAGGGCUCGGUAGGGCCGGGGACGCCCCCGCUGCCCCCCCCACUCUGAAGAUGCCAACGAAUGGGAUCCACCAGGUCCUGAAGAUCCAGUUCGGGUUGAUCAACUGCGAGAGCCGGUACCUGACGGCGGAGAGCUUCGGCUACAAGGUGAACGCCUCGGCGCCCAGCCUGAAGCGCAAACAGAUCUGGACGCUGGAGCAGGAUGAGGCCGACAGCUCCGUCGUCUUCCUCAAGAGCCACUUGGGCCGGUACCUGGGCGCUGACAAGGACGGGAAGGUGCGGUGCGAGGCCGAGCAGCCGGGUCGGGACGAGCGCUUCAGCAUCAUCACGCAGUCGGACGGGCGCUGGGCGCUGCAGUCGGCGCCGCACCGGCGCUUCUUCGGCGGCCGCCAGGACCGCCUGUCCUGCUUCGCUCCCAGCGUGACGGAGGCCGAGCUCUGGACCGUGCACUUGGCCAUGCACCCCCAGGCCAACCUGCUCAGCGUGAGCCGCCGCCGCUACGCCCAUCUCAGCGCCCACGAGGAUGAGAUCGCCACCGACAGCAACCUGCCGUGGGGCGUGGAUGCGCUCAUCACGCUCUGCUUCCAGGACAAGAAGUACAGCCUGCGCACGGCCGACGAGCGCUACCUGCGCUGCGACGGGACCCUGGUGCCCGAGCCCGGCGCCCGCACCGGUUACACCCUCGAGUUCAAGGCGGGCAAGCUGGCGUUCAAGGACUGCGACGGCAAAUACCUGGCACCCACCGGGCCCACCGGUACCCUCAAGUCCGGCCGCAGCUCCAAGCCGGGUAAAGAUGAACUCUUCGACCUGGAGGAGAGCCACCCGCAGGUGGUGUUCACCGCGGCCAAUGGUAGAUACGUCUCCAUCCGGCAGGGCAUCAACGUGUCGGCAAACCAGGACGAGGAGCUGAACCACGAGACCUUCCAGCUCCAGAUUGACCGCGACACCAACAAGUGCAGCCUGCACACCAACACCGGCAGCUACUGGACCCUCGUGGCCCAUGGGGGCAUCCAGGCUGUGGCCACCGAAGUCGCUGCCAACACCAUGUUCGACAUCGAGUGGCGCGGGCGGCGCGUGGCCCUGCGCGCCAGCAACGGCCGCUACGUCUGCACCAAGAGGAACGGGCAGCUGGCGGCUGUCAGUGAUGCCGUGGGGGAGGAUGAGGAGUUCACGCUGAAGCUCAUCAACCGCCCCAUGCUGGUGCUGCGGGGCGAGCACGGCUUCGUCUGCUACCACCGCGGCUCCAACCUGCUCGACUCCAACCGCUCCGUCUAUGACGUCUUCCACAUCAGCUUCAGCGACGGCGCCUACCAGAUCCGAGGCCAGGGGGGCAAGUUCUGGUACGUGGCGAGCAGCGGGGCCGUGUGCAGCGAUGGGGACCUCUCCGAGGAUUUCUUCUUCGAGUUCCGGGAGCGGGGCCGCGUCGCCAUCAAGGCCAAGAACGGGCGGUACCUGCGGGGGGACCCGGCCGGCUCCCUGCGCGCCGACAGCGAGUCCGUGCUGCGCGCCACGCUCUGGGAGUACUGAGCC